UACAAAGAAACGAGAUUAACCGAAACUCACCGCCCAUGCGCAUCACCAAUACGGAGAAAUCUCAAUUUUUGUUCACAAGCCACGAGAUUUCUACACUCUCCGUUCUCUCCAUCUUCCUUGGACUGCAGUCAGUGGCAGCUGCCAUCCAUGAGUUCGCUGCUGCUGCCCCGCACACCACCGCCUACAGUCUCCGCCGUCCCUCCAUUUCUCUCACCAAGAACGCACAUCCCUCCGCAUGUAUACAAACACCCAGCUGCAAUUCUGCUCGAGCUAUGCACUUCCAUGAAAGAACUCCAGCAAUUCCUCCCCCUAAUCAUAAAAAAUGGCCUCUAUCACGAGCACCUAUUCCAGACGAAGCUCGUCAGUUUGUUCUGCAAGUUCGGGAGUCUGAACGACGCCGUCAAAGUUUUUGACCCCAUUGAGUCGAAGAUUGACCCCCUUUAUCAUACGCUUCUCAAAGGGUAUGCGCAGCAAUCCAAUCUUGAUGCUGCCUUGAAGUUCUUUUGUCGGAUGAAGUACGACGGAGUUGCACAGGUGGUGUAUAAUUUUUCGUAUUUAUUGAAAGCUUGUGCAGAUAAUUUUGAUGUUAGAAGGGGUAAGGAGAUUCAUGCGCAGUUGAUAUUAAAUGGGUUCUCGGCUAAUUUGUAUGCCAUGACCAGUGUGAUGAACUUGUAUGCGAAAUGCGGACUGAUUCACGAGGCCUAUAAGAUGUUUUAUAGAAUGCCUGAGAGGGAUUUGGUGUGUUGGAACACUGUGAUCGCCGGUUUUGCGCAGAAUGGGAUGCCAAAGAGGGCCUUAGAGUUGGUUAUGAUGAUGCAAGACGAAGGGCAUAAGCCUGAUAUGGUUACUGUGGUUUCCAUUUUGCCUGCGUCUGCUAGUAUUGGAAAUUUGAGGAUUGGGAGAUCGAUUCACACCUAUGUUUUGAGACACGGGUUAGAAUCAUAUGUUAAUAUUGCUACUGCUUUGUUAGACAUGUAUGCAAAAUGUGGACUAAUUGGGACUGCCCGGAGGAUUUUUGAUGGGAUGGGUUCCAGAACUGUCGUGUCAUGGAAUUCGAUGCUAGAUGGUCAUGCUCAAAGUGGGCAUUCAGAGGAAGCAUUGGAUUUGUUCCAAAAGAUGUUGGAUGAAGGAUUUAACCCUAGUAAUGUUACUGUUAUGGGAGCUCUACAUGCAUGUGCCAAUUUGAGUGAUAUUAAGCGUGGUCAGUUUAUUCACGAGCUAGUUGAUCGAUUGGGCCUUGGUUCUGAUGUUUCCGUGAUGAACUCUUUGAUUUCAAUGUAUUGCAAGUGCAAGAGAGUUGAUCUAGCUGCUGAAUUAUUUUAUAAACUAAAAGAGAAAACACUUGUCUCAUGGAAUGCUAUGAUAUUAGGCUAUGCACAAAAUGGUCGCACAAUUGAAGCUAUUACCCUCUUUUGCAAAAUGCAACAACAGAACAUGAAACUUGAUUCGUUCACUUUGGUGAGCGUCAUUACUGCUGUAGCUGAGUUAUCAGGGUUGCGGCAGGCAAAGUGGAUCCAUGGACUGGCUACAAGAACAUGUUUGCACAAGAAUGUUUUUGUGACGACUGCUCUUGUUGACAUGUAUGCAAAGUGUGGAGCUGUUCAUACAGCAAGAAAACUAUUUGAUAUGAUGGACGAGAGACACGUUACAACUUGGAAUGCUAUGAUAGAUGGAUAUGGAACACAUGGUUUCGGAAAGGAAGCUGUGGAGUUAUUUGAUGAGAUGUGCAAAGGGAAUAUAAAUCCUAAUGAUGUAACAUUCUUAUGUAUAAUUUCAGCUUGCAGCCACUCUGGCCUUGUAAGGGAUGGCCGCCGUUAUUUUACCAUCAUGAAGGAAGAAUAUGGCUUGGAGCCCUCAAUGGAUCACUAUGGAGCUGUGGUUGACCUACUUGGUCGUGCUGGUCAACUUGAGGAGGCCUGGGACUUCAUUCAGGAAAUGCCUGUUGAACCAGGACUAAAUGUCUACGGUGCCAUGUUGGGAGCUUGCAAGAUUCACAAAAAUGUGGAUUUGGGAGAGAAGGCUGCUGACAAACUGUUUGAUUUAGAACCCGACGAUGGUGGAUAUCAUGUUUUACUUGCGAAUAUUUAUGCAAUAGCAUCAAUGUGGGAGAAAGUGGCUAAAGUGAGAACUCUGAUGGAGAAAAAAGGGAUUCAGAAAACUCCUGGGUGCAGUUCAGUAGAUUUAAGAAAUGAGGUUCACACUUUCUAUUCUGGAAGCACAAGUCAUCCCCUAUCUGAGAAGAUCUAUGCGUACCUAGAAAAAUUAAUUAAUAGGAUCAAAGCAGCUGGUUAUAUCCCAGAUACCACUUCAAUUCAUGACGUGGAAGAUGACAUUCAGGAGCAAUUGCUGAACACUCACAGUGAGAAGCUUGCAAUUUCAUUUGGACUUCUCAAUACCAGUCCGGGUACAACUAUUCACAUCAGGAAGAAUCUUAGGGUCUGUGGAGACUGCCACAAUGCGACCAAAUACAUUUCUCUCGUGACCAAACGGGAGAUAAUUGUCCGUGAUAUGCACAGGUUUCACCAUUUCAAGGAUGGGAUCUGCUCGUGUGGAGAUUAUUGGUAAUCUCCAUUAGUCUCAACAUGUCGAAAUUGCUUUAAUUUAAUGAAACACAGCCAUUUGUGUCCACGGAAUUUCUACUAGCCAUUGCCGUUUUAUUCUGUUGACAAAAGGAAUGGAGAUACUGGUUCCAACUUCUUGUUGCUUUUUCUUUCCACUGCAAGUCAGAAAUGCCUGUUCUGCAGUUGAUGAGCCAUCAUUAUCACUAGGAAGAACCCACUGACUUUAACACAAUGGAGCUUAUAACUGACAUUUUGUAUAAAGAGCAUCCUAAGGACCUUGAUUUUUUACGAUGGACUACCUGGCUUCACCAAAUUAUGCAACCCCAUUCACCCCUGUCCCUGCCUCCCUGAACUAGUGGCCAACAUCAGUGGUGCACAGCUUGAUCUCAUCCAGAUGCAAUCACGCCUAACUCUUCAGCAUGGGAUCGGAUUCCGUUUACAUCUUGAGUAGCUUAUGCCAUUAGAAUCAUUCUCCAAAAGAAGAUACAGCACAAGGGUUGAUUCAUGAGUACAAUAAAAAGGAGUCAUGAAAUAUAUAUCCCUCUAUGGCAAGCCAAUUCAGACAUCGAUCACCCUCAUAGCAGACAUCCCGCAAGGUCAUAUAUCUGGAGCUGAAUGAUUAAAACAUUAACUGGUUAUGAUUUUCUUGUUUAAGCAGCAGAAACUUUCUCAUCCAGUUCAAUUACAGCAAGGUAUGGGCGUGUGGGCAGCGUGGAGGUUAAACCGAAUUACAUCUGUUCGGCCCAGUGACUGAACAGAUCCCGCUAACUAUGCUGCAUCACUUUACUGACCUAUGUGAAGUUCUAUAAGCUUCCCAUAAGCCAGGUGUUAACAGAUCUUUGACUUGACUUGCUACAGGCUAUUAGACAACUAAAUCUAUUUCCGGUUCAGCCGCUUUCAUACACAUAGUUUUGUCAUACUUAAUAUUGCUGUUGAGGAGGGAACUGCUGUAAACAGUUUUUUAAUAGAUAUGAGACGUGUUCCACAUAAUUCUCCUACGACCAUGGAUGCUUGAGAU